AUGUCUACCUUCAAUCACUUCAACAUCAAGCGUCAAGCGCACGCCCUUAGCCGUACCAGUACCGAUCAAUCGUGGAACCCAUUUCGUCACGUCGCCUGGAACCGCCGAGCGCGCACUUUUUCUGAAGCCGGCCUGGAAGGACAACAACGUACUCGAGACGAGACUACCGGAGAAGAAUUGUCACACGCCGUCACUGACCCUGGUCGAAGCGGACCAGCCAGAGAGUGGUCAACAGCAGAGACGAUGAUGGACACGAGGAGAAGCAAGGAAGAAGGUUAUGACAGAGAAAAGAUGGCCGGAGGAGGCUCACCCAUUGAUGGAAGCGACGACAUUCCUACAUCACAGCGCUCACUCGUCGGCGAUGAAAAUCAAUUACGAAACCGAAGACGCGAAGAUGUCCCAGCCGCCGCAGACCAAAACGUUGAUUUGGAAAAGAGAAAACUCGACAGGCGACAAUCAUCAAAACUUUUCCGCAAUGUCCAGCCGAAGGAGCCUUUCACCGUCCGAAACCAAUUGGAGAGGACCUUUCUCAACUCAUACAUCAACAUCCUUCUUAUCGCCGCACCGGUCGGAAUCGCUCUCAAUUAUAUCCACAGCGUGAACCGAAUCGCCGUAUUCGUGGUCAACUUCAUCGCAAUUAUUCCACUCGCCGCCAUUCUCAGUUUCGCCACGGAAGAAAUUGCCCUACGAACUGGUGAGGUUCUUGGUGGUCUAAUCAAUGCCACUUUCGGUAACGCUGUUGAACUCAUCGUCGCUAUUUUGGCUUUGGUGGAUAACAAGGUUAUCAUUGUCCAGACCUCUUUGGUGGGAUCAAUUCUCAGCAACCUGCUUCUGGUCUUGGGUUUCUGUUUCUUCUUUGGUGGUCUGCGACGUGAAGCCCAGUAUUUCAAUGAGACAGUAGCACAGACUGCGGCUAGCAUGCUCGCUCUAGCUGUCGCUUCCGUCAUUGUGCCAACCGUUUUCGACCAAGCCAGGGACACACCGGCCACUAACGUUGCCCGGCUCUCAAGAGGCACAGCUGUAAUCCUCCUCAUCGUUUAUGCGGCUUAUCUUCUUUUCCAGCUCAAGACCCACUCAAGCACUUUCCGACAGGAAGGUCAGAAGGUUGCCGCGAAACCUUGGUCGCGUGGUGGUGGCGGCGGCGCGAGUCUCCGUCAAGGUGUCAUGGUCCCCGGUGCUCUUGUUGGCGGUGGCAUGACAGGUCGCGAAGAGAACGAGCGUCUUUCCCAGAUGCUCAUGAACCCCCAUCGACUACCAAAGAAUGAGGAAGAUGAGGAUGAGGAAGAGGAGCCCCAGCUGCACUUCUGGGUGGCAGUUGCUACACUUACUAUUGCCACCGUUUUGAUCGCCCUUUGCGCUGAGUUCAUGGUUGACUCUAUCGACGCCGUUACGAAAACCGGUGGUGUAUCUGAGGAGUUUGUCGGAUUGAUCUUGCUGCCAAUCGUCGGUAACGCAGCUGAGCACGCAACGGCUGUGACUGUCGCAAUCAAGGACAAGAUGGAUUUGGCCAUUGGUGUUGCAGUCGGAAGCUCCAUGCAAGUUGCGCUAUUCUUGAUCCCUCUGCUGGUCAUCAUUGGCUGGGGCAUGGGUAACGACGAGAUGAACUUGAGUUUCGACUUAUUCCAGGUUGCUACCAUGUUCGUGGCUGUCUUGCUGGUCAACUACUUGAUUGCGGAUGCUGCUGCGACUAUUCGUUCGAUUGCAUCGCGCCCUGUCGAAUCUUCCUCUGUAGCGAGCGAGCGACAGCCCGAUCCCAUGUCACGAAAUGGUAGCUCCAGGAACCCGGUCCCACGCAUGGGACCGCCGCACUGGCGACAGUUUAGCAAGUCGAGCUUAGAUCGCACCCAUAUCGAGGUCCCAGCUUCCCCCGCGAGCGUAUCGACCCAUUCCACUCUCAAGGAAGAGAAGCGAACAAGAAUAGAACGCCGAUGUACUGUGACGGUCAACGAAGGCUAUGCCCGGGACGAGGUCCUGCUCAAUUUCGAUGUAGUGGGCGCCGACGUGAAGCCUGGAAUGUUGAUGUGUAUAUCGACCGUGAAGGACGACCUGCGAAAGAUUUCCGCUGGGCAUGGUGCCAGUAGCAAACAAAAUCAGGAUGCUUCCAAGGGAAUGUCAGGAACCCAAAAUGGAGACAGCGCGGGUUUUAAGUAUUUCUUUGUCGCAAAGGAUAUGCCUCAAGAGACCAAGACUCGGAAUCCUGACGUCGAAGUCUAUGUUUUGAAGCAUAUCGCCGAUGCCUUUGGGAUGAAGAAGGGUUCUCAGGUUCUCUUGACAAUGGUGGAUUCCAAGAAUCCAGCUACGGAAGCUUCUCACGUAGAAUUGUCGUUCAAGGAUCAGUACCUGUCUAGAUCGGACAUUUGGAGAAUGACUGUCGGAGAACUGACUGGAAGAACUGUUUACAAAGGCCAAUCGGUACUGUUCAUGGGCACCAUCAAAGCGCAAGUCACUGCAAUCUAUCAUAAUGGUCGCAAGGUGCACUCUGCGUUCUUCACCCGCAACACCCGGCCUAUCUUCCGAAGCGAAUCAGCAAGAUACGUUCUUUUCAUCCAGAUGGCGAAAGAAAUGUGGGAGUUUGAUGCAGAAAGCUCCGGUGAGAUCAUGUUCAACAAGGUCGUGAACGGGUUUCUCCCUGCGCUAUUCAAGAGAUGGGCUAUGCUCAAGGCUAAGCACCUGGUCAGCAUCGUACUGUUCGCGCGUGUAGAGUAUGAUACUGGUUUGACGGCGGAGUUCGACAGCCUUUCUGGUGACUUUUAUACCGGCAUACAGCCCUCUGGACCACGUCGACCGUAUAAAGACUUUUACCGAGUGGUAGUCAGCGAGAUGGGUAGCGGAGAAUGGACAAAGAUUUUGCACCAGCUGAAGGUAGAAUUCAACUUCUUCCGCCGGGAUAUCAGUUUGUACCAUCACAAGCUUAACGCCCUAGCUGAGAUCAAUGGUCCGGACUCUAUUCCUAAGGAUACACCUCCGUCUCGCGUCAAAGCCGAGUCGACUUAUGCCAUGUAUGGCAACGUUCUAGAGGCAAUAAACCUCGCUUCAUCUCAGUUCGCGCACGAUCAUAUUGAUAGAGAUCUCACCAGGACAGGAAUAUCGAUUGCGGUGAUCAGUCCUGGCUCUGGUGUUUUUGAGGUAGACUACGAGACUUUGCGAAGGACUACUGAGGCGUUGGUAGGGAACGGUAUUGGCAUCGAUCUGAUAUGUAUGCCCAAAAUGCCCUUGCAUUCAGUGCCCCUCUUCAAAUACCGCAACCCGCAGUACUCUGAUGACCACGGUCAUGCUCAUAGAUCAAGCUUCUCGAGAUCAUUCCACAGUCGCGAUAGCACACCCAAUCACCCUACGCCAGUGAUCGGUAGUUAUCAAUCUCUUGGCGAAUCGUUCUCGCCUUCAAAAGGGCUGAGUCUUUCGCGUCGUGCCGAUCCCAUGAUAUCCAUGGCAACAAGCGAUCAGUGGUGCUUUGCGCUUCCGCAAUGGCUUCAUGUUUCGUUCUGGACUGGCGCCUCUGACGAGGCGCUAUCCUAUGAAGGUAUCGCUUUGUCUGUGUCUAAUAAGGUUGUGCAAGAUGAUGAAGAUGAGUUCAACAUUCGAUGCCGCAUGUACGCCCUGCAGAUGAGAAGUGUUCUCGAAACAAACGAGAUCGAAACGACGCCUUUGCAAGUUGACACGCAUUUCCCCGCCAACAUUACCGAACCACCAUCCUCGCAGAAAUAUCGUAACACUGGAAUCAACGAUACUGUGUAUAUUCCCAAGAGACGUCCGCCGGAUGGUCUCUUUGACCACAUUUAUGGGUUCCAAAGAUUUGUUCCAGACAGGUUGGCACGUCCUGGCGAAAAGUCUCUAUGGAAACAGUUGCAAGAGUUUGAUGAUCACAGAGCAAAGAUUUCUCAUGGUCGUAGUCGGCAUCACUCCUCUCGAUAUGCCAAGGAUUUGGACGAAAUCACGAGAAGGCAGUUGGCUGAGGACUCGGGGCUUUAUGGAACCUCGCUCCCAGAGAAAAGGGCGCCUAUACUCGGACCUUCGGCAAGGAAAUUGUCAAUGAAUAUCACUGAUGGUGAUAAGCCAUCGCCAACCAGUCUCAAGAAGAGCGCCGAACCAACAACACCGAAGCCACCCAAACAGAUAGCGAAACAGCCGAAGUUGAUGAGGCAGAUCAGUCUUGGCCAGAGAGGAUUUGGUAUUGCUGCCCCUAAGGCAGUGGUUGCAGAGAUCAAGGCUGAAACAGUCAAUGCUUCUGGCGUCACUUCUGGCGAAGCAAAACAGCCAUCAACACCUCGAGUCCGGCCAGAGCUACGCCCAAGCUCUCCACAGACAAUCUCCAGUCAUCCAUCAUCGGUUUCCAUUCAGAAAUAUCGGCUGGAUGCUCCAGACACUAUCGUCGAAGGAGUGCCUAUGACUCCCAGUAUUCCUAUUCUCAAGAGAAACAAUUCCAAUCUGGAUGUGGCUGCGAUGCAGCUGAGAAACGCAUCAACCACGAUAGGCACGUCAAUUAAUACUCGGCAGCAGAAACGGGACGACGAUCGCGAUCUCAAAUAUUCGGAAGCCCUUCGCGCUGAUGAUGCUCAGAAACUGUAUACCAAUAAACUGCGAGCCGGUGCAUUGAGUGAUGCUGUUCAGGAUCUUCCUACGACUCUGUCGCCCACCACUGCUAACACGCCGUGGCUGACUCUUGUCAAUCCUUCAAACCCAGAAAGUCUUGCGAUUGACGAUACCGUCUUGUAUAGUCGAUGGCAACAUGUUUAUCCUCAGAUUGCCCAGAUGAAGGUUCAGAAAUGGAAGGCUCUUUGCUGUCCUGCGUCUGUGCCCCUGACCACCGAGUACUUCCCCUCAAAGACCCAGUUUGAUACGGAGUAUCAUCGUCAUCCGUAUACCGUCGAACAGGACGCUGAUGAUGAUGUGGUCGAGGCACCAAAAUCUCGCCAGGAAUUCAUCCAAGAACUGAUCAGUUUGCGAUUCACGCAAGGAUUUCAAGUUGUGGUAGGGCCAUUAGUCGCUCGCGCUUUUGGACAGAACCAGAUCAAGAUUGGCGACAUCUUCUCAAGAGAUCAACCCCUGGAGGAUGGUACAAGUAUCUUCAUGUCAGUCGGUAACAGCAUCCAUCAACUUUCAUGCGUCAACGGCACGGAAGUCGAGGUGAACAUCUUCAUGCGAAAGCCGACGGAUACCUCGUUCAUUUCCCAAGGUUUCUCGCCAAUCUACAAGCCUGCUAUUCGCACGCUGUUGGAUGACACCUACGAAGCGCGAGAGAUUGAUCUUCUCACACCCCGUACUGACCGCAACUGGAACAUGAUUGAUUCAUACAUUGCUGGGCAUCACGACGAAAUGACAGACAGUCUUCGCUUCUGGCGGGCGAGAUUCGUCCUUAUUCCUGUUCUGCGAAAGGAUGUCCCAAUAGCAAGGACACAAACAGGAGAUCAUGCCGAAGAGGUACGAAUUGAAGGUAUCAAGCGUCUUGCUCAAUCUUGGCAAAAGUAUCGCUACAUUCCCCCGACAGAGCGGAGGUAUCAUACAGUUGGCCAGCAAAAGCGACAACGUGACCCCAACCCGCUCGACAUCGUAUGGAAGACAGAUGAUCCUUCGGUGGUCAUUACUGCUGAAGUUGAAACGCUUCCUCUCACAGAAGGUGUGGAAGGUGCUAAUCGAAAGGGGCUGGUGUCGAACAAGGAUCGUUUCAAGAAGUCCAAUUUGAAUUUGACGACCUUGGCUGACGCCAUGCAGCAACCUGUCGAGAAUGGAGGUGUUAGGCUGCAAAAUCGCAGAUGGCAUCUUCGGCUCUACUCUGCCUCUUUCAUCGGAUCUGACAUGGUUACAUGGCUACUUGACAACUUUGAGGAUCUUGAUAGUCGAGAAGACGCCGAGGCGCUAGGCAAUGCCUUGAUGGUGCAUGAAGAACCAAAGUCUGGAAACACCAAAGACAAGGGCGGUCUCUUUGUUCACGUUGACAAGCGACAUCAGUUCCGCGAUGGUAACUACUACUAUCAGAUCGCCAGUGAGUAUGCCAAGCCUCAUGUGGGAUGGUUCAACAGUCGGCGAGCUCCUGUGCCGCCAACUCCAAGUCUUGAGGCUUCGAAUCGAGACUCACCCCGAACUCUGAUGUCGGCUCGUUCGGGCGAGGAAAGCGGUUCCCCUGCAUCAACCUCAACAACACCGACCAUAUCGCUCCCCUACGGCGGAAAGAGGCCAAGGGUUGUGCUAAGCAAGGUCAUAAAGUAUGAUGUUGAUCAUCGCAAGCGGUCAUAUAGACCAGAGAGGAUCGACCUGCAUUAUGACCGUCUUCACAACCCUGACAGCUGCUACCAUAUUCGCAUCGACUGGAUGAAUGUUACGACAAAACUGGUGGAGGAUGCAGUCGAGAGUUGGGCUCGAGAAGCCAGCCAGUAUGGCCUUCGACUUGUUGAAGUGCCUAUCAAAGAGGCAUGCACCAUUACUGAGACGAACCCAUUUAGAAGACCAUAUCGCAUCAAGUUGGCAGCCCGUCCUCCAGAUCAGAAGCCUGAGACGUACAUCGACCCCAAUUCCUUGGGCCCGACAACAUCUCCUAACAAACACUUCUACCAAACGGCAAUUCUCAAGAAGUUCGAUUUUGUUUUGGAUAUGGAGGCAGCAUCCAACUUCCCAAGCAACGUCGAUGUAAGCUACUCCUGGGGAAAGCCUGAGUACAAGUACACCCAGUACAUCCAUCGCAGUGGCACCCUAUUAGCUGAGAUCACGGACGAAGGCGAUCUUUUGAUCCUGGCAAACCGGCUGUAUAGCAAUCGUCCUGCAAACCCACGCGACAGUAACAACCUCCGUUCCAUUGACCCACCAUCUUUGGCAGAGCGCGGCGGCCGCAUGUCCUCGUACGGCGCCUAUUCAACCUUUGGAAUGACAGAAUCCGCAACGCUAUCCUCGCCGCUCCUCAAACCAACACACUAUUAUCACUCGCCAGCGCUGAAACCAGCUGAUCAACAGCAUAAGCCCAUACCCGCAACAACUCCCGAUCCCGAUGCUCUUAAUGCCGAGAUUGAUGAGUUUUGCAAGAACAAGACCGCACUUGAAGAGUUCUAUAAAGAAGCUUUAGAGAAGGGUCAGAAGGUCCAAGGCACGCCCGCAACAGCGCCGGUGGCAACGCCGUUGGAGGCUGUGCCUGAAGCUAGUAUCCCGACGCUUGGAUUACCGCCAGGUGUUUUGGGAGGAAACGAUGGAGCGCCGACGAAGCGGCUUAACAGUCCCAUGUCGUUUCUCCGAAGGAGCAGUGUUCAGUAUGAUGGCGGAUCGAGUCUGACUGGACAUUAG